UGCCGGAGCUCCACCGCCAAAAGAUUGUCGGCGUCACUGACGGCCUCAUCGUCACGCUGGACAAGGACAGCUCCGUGGUGCGCGUGCUCCACCCCUUCACGCGCGUCACUGUCGAGCUCCCUCCCCUUGCCACCAUAUUCCACACUGAGAUCAACAACUUCACCUCGCUGCUGUCGAUGGGCGCCGCUGUCUGCCGCGCCGACACAUCGAUCGCCGUCGUGGCAUGGUUAACCAGCGCAAAGAUGGUUAUGAGUGCGCGCCAAGGCCGCCCUAGCUGGGCGGUGAACCAUCGAGACAUCACGCUCCACAACACCCUGCCCUUCCAAGGCCGGCUGUACGGCACCACACCGGCGUCAGAGCAGUCGUCGCUCAUGUCCCGCACGAGUUGGUCCACAUAUUCAGAUCCUCCUACUUCCUCGUGGAGUCCGGCGGGCGCAUGCUGCUGGCCGUGCAGCAUCAUCGAAGGGGCCAUGCCAUUCGCCCUGAGAUGGAGUGGUGGCGACACUUCACCGUCACGCUGUUUCAGGUGAACCUGCAUGGCGGGGAGCUCAUUCCGGUGAACGGCCUUGGCGACGAGGCCGUGUUCCUAGGGAAAGACCGCUGCCUGUCGAUCUCCGCCACGAACCUCCCUUGCAUCAGCCGCAACUCCGUUUACUCAUAUGUAUCAAACAAGGAUCCCGUUGUGUUGCAUUCUCUGGGCGGUGGUUCUUCCGAGCAGACAACGAUGUACACGAGGGUGCAUUAUUCGAAUGAGAUGGUUCGUCCAUCCGUGCGGCCUUUCACGCUCCCAGAUCAUCUUAUGACAUACUGUCAUAAUCUUCAAUGGACAAGGGGGCUGAUGCUUCAUGAAUAUGCUGCCAUUCCUUCAUAUCUGAGUGAUCUGCGAGAGAAAAUACACGCACACGAAUCUGAUAUCAGGUUCCCGUAUAUAGGGGACGUUGGCAAAAAGGCUAAGACCAAGCGUGUUCGUGCUGUUGUGAAGAAGAACCAGCCCCUCUGUGCUUAGCACCGCUGAGAGAACCAUGGCAAGAGGUAAGGGUAAACACCGACCGCCCAUUAGGAUCUUGAAAUUCAUUUCUCCACACACUAGUACCUAUCGGUUCUUUCACCACUUCUAUCCAUGCCGUUUGUCAUUGCACACUUGCCUUAGCUCUUCUAUAUGUCUAUACGUACCGUCCCCUUUGUGUAGAAGAAAUCUAUCAUAUAAUGUUUUUACAUUUCUACUUACGCAUCUCUAAAUCAACUUGACUUGAAGAGCUUAUAAGAAGCUUCAGAGUUCGGCAAACAGGAGAACCUACUGGGCUAUUUCAUGAGUAAUUAAUUUAUGCUAGGCUUGACCUAAAUCCUGUUGUGCGAAACCACAAAUGAUUUUGGAAUUUGUAUGCAUUUCAUAACCUGCGGAUUUGAUACGAAAUACUACUCUUUUCUGUUUUUCCAGGUUCAAUCCGAAGCUCCAAGAUGGUUUGCUGGUUUUUAAGGUUUAUUUUAAUUACAGAGUCUUGGAGGUGCCUUAUUUGUACUCUGUA